AUGGCUUUCGAGGACAAUGAUCGUCUCCAAUUGACAGCUCGUCUAGAUGAGUUUGUCAAUCGCGCCAGGACCGUCAUCGCCAGCGAGACGCCGACCGAAACUUAUCAAUCCCAGUGCCGAAGCCUCGAGUCCCGCAUGCAACAGGAGAUCGGACGCAUCAGAGAGCUUAGCACCUCGCUCGAUAUUCAACAGCAGACCGACAAGAUGAUGCAGUUUGGCAUGGAGAAGGCCAGAUUGGCUCAGGAGCACAAGGAUACCUUCCCUGCGAAGCAGCAGGCAUGGCUGCACAAAACAGCAUCGACCUUAGCCGGCUUUUCUAAACAGUAUCAGUCGUCUCUCUCCACCUCUGAGAUAUCAAGCCAGGCGCGUGGCUCCCUUGAAGAUACAGCUGUCGAUCCACAGUCCAUGGUUUCUCCGUCCCCAGAACGCUCCCAAGGCCCAGUCACAGCAUCAACUCAUCACUCAGAAGCCGAGGAGGUUCAGACCAAUGCCGCGCCGCUUGAAAGCACCCGCCCACGACGUGCUAGCACACAGAACAAGCGUCGAUUCAGCGAGACGCCUUGGUGUGCGCCGGUUCCGCGCACCGUCACCACAAUUCCUUUCGAAGAUGUGUACCAGGAUGGGAAAGCCGAAAUCAAGUACACGAUAAUAGAAUGUGAACAUUCGCUCACCACCGACGCCAGUGUCAAAGGACGCUGGUGGAUCUUGCGCUGUGAGCAGCACGAUCGUCAUUUCGCAUUUGCCAAAGGGGGAAUCCGCUCAGGGCCCACCAAACAUCUCCUGAAACACACAGACUGUAGCCCAGGUUGCAAAACCAACAGAAAUAUCGACGUUUUCGGGGUGCUUGUGUUGGAAUGCACCGCUGAGCUUGCCAAGAGGAAUAACGAGGAUGUCGAAGCCGCCUUCGCGAAUGGGUAUGAUCCGAAGAGCGUGGCCGACCCUGGACUUGUCACUCUGCGAAAGAGACGCAAGGCCAACUCUGGAAACGGGGCAGUUCCUGGCAGCCACCCAAUCCUCGACCCGGAAUUCGGCAAGCUAUAUAUGUCGUGUUGGAGGGGCCAGAUGUAUGCUGUCGUACUUCUUCCGCUUCGCGAAUUAUCAACCCUGAUCCCACCCGUGGCGAUGGACGAGUCGAUGAAAACCCCCCCAAAAUGCUACAAUUACGACAAAGUGACGAAAUUGCUGAGCAGAUGGGCUCCAGGGUUCGAGGAUGGCGGUCCCAAGGUCAGGCAGAGAGCGUUUCCUUGCCGCUUUUUUGACCACAACGAUAUCGAACAAUGCAGAUUUGCCUUCUUGAAGGCUACAACCCUCUACGAGCUUGAUAUGUCGAGUGUUCCUUCACAGCAUCAUGCCGUGGUCCAGGAGUACAAGGAGAAGUUUUUGGAACGCGAUACUCACUAUAACACCUCAGAAUACUCGAACGGCAUUGAGGACGCCAACCACCCCCAGACGCCCAAUCAAACCGAUGACGCUGCCGCCGCAGAACAACUCCGGAGCGAGAUUCCAUCUUCAGACCCCCGAGAUCAGGCUCCAUCCACAGACAUGGUCCCGCGUGGCCAGAGGGCGAACGGAUCCAACCCUCGCAAAUCCCGGACCAGAAAAAGAAACAGCAGACUCAGCCUCGAUGACGACUCUAUCCAGUCCUACACUACAUACAACAAACCAGGUCCGAAACAGAAUGCAUAUUGA